AUGUCCGCUAUCGACGACUUGAUUGCCCUGGAUUGUGGGCAUGGCUUUUGUGCAGAAUGCUGGAGGGGCUACCUCCAAACGCAGGUGGACGACGGCAAGUCGGCCGUGCAGACACGCUGCCCGCAGCACAAAUGCUCCAGGAUAGUUCCUACAAACUUCUUUUCGCGCUUCUGUGACGAAGAGAGGCAGAAGAAGUACCAGGAGUGGUGCCUUCGGACCUACGUAGACGAGAACGCCACCGUGAAGUGGUGCACCAACCCGGUCGGAUGCCAAUACGCAUGCGAGUACCAAGGAGUCGAAACUGUGGACGUUCAUUGCCUUUGUGCCUUCAUUUGGUGCUGGUCAUGUGGCGAGGAGGCCCACAAGCCUGCUAGUUGCAAGACCGUCAACCAGUGGAACGUCAAAAACUCCGCGGAGUCGGAAAACAUCAGCUGGAUUCGGGCGCACACCAAGAAGUGUCCGAAAUGCCACAAGCCCAUCGAGAAAAAUCAGGGCUGCAACCACAUGGUGUGCUCCAAGGCAGGCGGAUGCGGCCACGAAUUCUGCUGGCUUUGUUUAGGCGAGUGGUCUACGCAUGGCACUGCCACUGGAGGGUACUACCAGUGCAACAUCUAUGACAAGCAGUCCAAAGAGGGCAAACAUGCCGAUGAGGAAAAGUCUCGGCUGAAAGCCAAGCAUGCGCUGGACAAGUAUAUGUUUUACUUUGAGCGCUUCAUGGAUCAUGACCGGGGCAUGAAGCUUACGGUUACCGAAGAGCAGGACAUCGAGGGCAAGGUGCAGAAGCUUCACGAUGACCAUGGCUUCGAAAUCAUUGAACUCCAAUUCCUCUAUGAUGCACUUCGGCAAGUGAGAGCAUGCCGUCGGAUUCUGAAGUGGACAUACGUGUACGGCUACUACUUGGACGACUCGAAUGAGAAGAACCUCUUCGAGUUUUUGCAGAAGAAUCUAGAAGAAAAAACGGAUGCCCUGCACGAAAUGUUGGAGAAG